GUGAGGGCAGAGGAGCGGCAGCUUCGGCGCGCUCCCGAGGAUGCUCGAUAUGGAGCUGAGCUUAGACCCGUCGGAACUGCAGCCACUGGGGGAGUACGACUUUGAGAGGAACUUCAACGAGAGGGAAGCUAGAGAAUGGAUGCGAGAAAACUGGCACAAGUCUGUAUUUUUUGCUGUGGCUUAUCUGAUGCUGGUCUUUGGAAUCCAGCAUUUCAUGAAAAAACGGAGAGGCUACCAGCUGCGUACACCACUGAUCCUGUGGUCCUUCAGUUUGGGCUUGUUCAGUGCCAUUGGGGCUCUUCGGAUCUGGAAGCAAAUGGCCUUGAUCCUGUCUACCAAGGGACUUAAGCAAUCAGUGUGUAGUCAAUCUUUUUAUGUGCACCCCAUCUCCAAGCUUUGGAUUUAUUUAUUUGUGCUGAGUAAACUCCUGGAACCAGGUGAUACAAUGUUCAUCGUUCUCCGGAAAAAGAAGCUUAUCUUCCUCAACUGGUACCACCACUCUACCACACUGAUUGUCACCUGGUAUGGCUAUAAGGAUAUGGUAGCUGGCAUUGGCUGGCCUGCAGCCUUGAACUUCAGUAUCCAUGCUAUCAUGUACUUGUACUACACUGUGCGAGCUGCAGGCUUCCGGGUACCCCGCUCCAUUGCCAUGGCAAUCACCAUUUCACAGGUGCUGCAGAUGCUGGUAUAUGUAAUAAUGAACAUCUUGAUCAUCUUCUGGAUAGAGGAUAAGGCCUGCCACACAACCUGGACAAUUGUUUUCCUUACAUCUGUUCUGUAUGUCAGUUUCCUAGUGCUCUUCUGUAACUACUUCUUUCACACUUAUCUGAGGACCACCCAAAAAUCAAAGAGGGAAUAAAAGCAGGGAGGGAAGAAGAUUCUGGGGUGGAGGGAGUGGAGAAGCAAAGGAAGUACUUUCAACUUUUCUGGAGCUCAGGUGCCUGAUGGCUCUGGUGGGGGUUAGGAGGUCACUCUGGAUAGCAGCCUUCAUAUGAACUUGUGCAUUGGCCUUUGGUGUGUCUGCUUCACAGUGAGCAGCAUGCCAGAUUGACAUGCAGAUGGUUGGAGGCUAACAGCAAGAGGAGAGGGGAGGUGGCUGGGAUCUGGAGGUCUCAGGGCUUUGAUUCUGCUUUCUUUUC